CGGUCUCUCUCGCCACGGCCGACCUUCAACACAUUUCCCAUCGCUCUCUCUCUCUCCCCUCGAUUCCCCGAGACCGGCUUUUCACCCUGGGUCGGAAACCGGUUGUAUUUUUUCCCGUCACUGCCCCUUAAGAUCAGCUGACGACUCUACGACCCAGCACAGCAGUUCUCGUCCGGCACACGACACCACCGAACGUAUCUCCGCGGCCUCCGACACCACCAGUAAGAAUCACCUGAUAAGAGGUCACAACCUUUGACCUUAUUCAUCGUCGGUUCUAUCGCUUUGUUCCUUCAGCUUCUCCUCUUCCACCCAUCUCUCACCGUCGUCUCCCGUCUUCCUCCUCCUACCACGCACCGACACACCACGCAAACAGUCUCUCACAACGCCGCAGUCAUCGUCGUCGUCGUCGCCGUCAUCGUCUCCGUCGUCGAGAGCUCGUCCGAGUGAUGGUCGUCGCCUAGAGAAGUAAGGCAAGGAGGAGGCGAACGGCCUGCACACGGCGACGAGCGAACGGCUGUCGUGGUGAGCUAAUUGAUAAUUUGAGGCUCCUGUUCUCUCUUUCUAUCGGGCCAUAUGAACGUUGUUGCACCGGACAAUUGCCAGGCUUGUAUGUCCCUAUUUGUGUCAUGCACAGAGACCAAGCUUUGUAUAUAUAUAUUUUUCUUAAUGGUCACAAGGGGAAAUCAUAUUUCUUAGAGGCAACAAUUUCUUGUUAAAAAAUCCAUACCUUAGUGCAUUGAUUCACCUCUGACACUUUGCUGAUUUUGCCAUGAUAUUGUUUCCCCUGAUAGUGACACAAGAACGCUUUUAAAAACGGACCUAAACCACCCGAAGGCUUGAUAACCAAACCCUGUCCUAAACCCGUGAAUGAAAACUCAACGGUCACAGUAUACCAAAAAAACCUACAGACAUAUUUACAAAGAACCGUCAGUUAAUGGCCGGUCAUUAUCUUUAAAAAAAUAAGACACACAUGUUGUAAGAUAAUUGUAAUAAUAACAGCCAUAAACCUAGAAACACAACCAACAGUUUAUGUGAUAGUAACAUACCUCAAACAAUUCUUAAAAAAAAGAAUACCCAAGUCCUUUUAAAAAUAUAUAUAUAAAACACCCUCAAGAAACCCCAUCAAAAAACAAAAACAAAAAAAGGUCUUCAAGGAUCCCUUCGCAUCUCCAAGAACCCAGGUGUCGUUCGGAAGCAACAGCUCUUCAAGCAAGCAAGCAAUCUAAGGAACAGAAAGAGGAACAAAAAGAGGAAAAGGGAAAAUCGAAAACAAACACAGGAAAGAAAGGAGGCUUGUCCAAUCGCGGGAGGGGGAGAGAACCACAUCGACCCCCGCCCCCCCUCCUCAUUCCACCUGUCAGAAAACCUCCACAGGUGAUUUCUGUGACAGCAAGAAGAGUUGUGAGACACGGCCGUCCUCCAAGAUACCUCAUCCACCUCCGCAUCGACCUCACAGAAGAAGCAGAAGAGAGAGAGAGAGAGAGAGGAGAGAACAAGAAGGAGCUCUGAGUUUAAUCUUCAGUUCGAGGACACCCAGGACUUAUCCACACCUUGCCACGAAGCCGACCGAACGCUCGAACCAGCCUAUGAAGGAAACCGAAGCCUGCGCCAAGACCGAGCAAACGAACCACCCAAGAUCAAACCGUCAUCCGGGAAUUUCAAGAACACACACAUCUCUAAACCUUUCGUCCGAAAAAUAAGAAGUCUUCAAGAAACUUUUUGCGCCGUUGCAGUCAGGGAUAAUAGAUUAUAAGUCCUUUGCAGAAGUAAAAAUAAAAGACUUUGUCAAUGAUAUAGAUCCAUAACUCCUUAAGGAAGAUGGGACAUAUCCCCACGCGGAUAAAAGAAAAGGAUACAGCCCUCGGGAAGUGUCGUGGAGACACACUAGCAUAAACAAGAAAGCAGGAAAAAGGAAAAAAAUAAAAAUGAGUUUCAUUCUUCUGAGAAAGUGGAUGACUCUUCCAAGAAGCAACGUCUCAGAGCGUCCUCACCUGCCGCAAAGCCAUCUGAUGAUGAGGAGUCACUGAGAGAGAGAGAGAGAGAGAGAGAGAGAGAGAGAGAGAGAGAGAGAGAGAGAGAGAGAGAGAGAGAGAGAGAGAGAGAGAGAAGGGGCAAGAAGAAGAAGACGAAGCCUAUCUUCCCCUCCCCACCGAGCCGGGAGGCGAGCCCCCUCCUCCCUUCUUCGCUCUCGUGGGUUCCGGGCCCACCAUGCUCUGCCUCGACAUGAAGCUAAUGACGCGAUUCAGAUCCGAGAAGCGGCAGUCCGCCACCUCGGCCUCGACCCUCUCGCCCUCGGGGGCCCACGACCCCCUCGUGCCCCCGCGCAGGGACCGCAGCAAGAGCCUGUGCGUGGAUAGGAUCACGCCUCUCCUGCAGGUCGCCGAGCCCCGGGUGCGCGAUGACACGCCCUCGCGAACCGCCGCGGCCUUCGCGCGCCGCCGCUCCACCACCACGGCACUAUCGGCAUCCAGCGACCUUAUCUCACGACGGGGGGUGUUCAGUCGAAGGCAUUACGGUUCCGUUGAACUGCUGCCGCAGAUCGAGGCGGAAGGGAGCGAGCUCAACGGCCGGCGAUUUCGCAUCGAGAGCGGGGAGGCGCUGGGAGACCGAGAUGAGCGCGCCCACGCCCGCCAACACCAGCAGGAGGGUGCAGCCGCCCACACCUCUCACCUCGAUUACCGAAGGUCUUCCUCAAGGCAGGUGUGUCUCAAGUGCCACCUGACACCGCUUUGGCUUCCGUGUGCCUGCCUCUGCCUGGUUGCCUUUGUAUUUGCCCUCAAAGCGCAUUUAUCCUGCCAAUGUCAUCCAUAUGUUGCAAACACUAUAACAUAA